CUUUUCAGUCAGUUGUGUAGGAGAGUUAGCGAGGGAUCCUUUACAUAGAGUGGUCCCUUUUUUUAUGUUCAAAGUGUGACUACCUGUUGCUGUGUGCUUGUUUUCAGUGGGAUUUUGUUUUCCAGUUAACGUGAUUUUGUGCGUUUUCCAAACUCGAUAUCUGCUGCAAGGGAAGUUUUUCGAAAACUGAACCGAAAAGUGAUUGUUAUUUUUUUUCUUUUGAGGAAAAAGAAAGCUGAAGUGUUUUUGGAGACCAUGCCAUUUCUGUUCGCCUGAUUGUAACCGUGCCCCCCCCCUUUUUUUUUGGACUAAUAUCCCUUCUGUUUCGCAUCGAACAUGGACUGGAUUUACGCAAGCAUCCUCGUAAUAGCGUGUUUAUUUGAGGAGUCCUUGGUUAGCGGAACUCGCCGUGAGGAUGUGGCAGACGUUCGAGAGGGACAAGAUGUGACCCUGGAGUGCCGUUUCAACAACCCCAACCUCCUGUCUGCUGGCGGUCAGAUGUACUGGAUGAGACAGCGUAAUGGGGAGAAAGACAACGUGGCCAUUGGCAGUACACCCUUCGACAGGAGUUACACGGUGGACUUGGAUGAAAGUGAGGGUCGUUAUGAUCUGAGAAUCAGCCGAGCAACUUACGAACGUGACAACGGGAUGUUUGAAUGUCGGUUCAAGGAGGCUAACACGGGCUCGGACUUACACACCACCACAGUCAAUUUGACUGUCCUCAUACCCCCUGGGAGUCCUCGAAUCAGCCCUGAGCAGCCCACAGCCACAGAAAAACAAUCCAUUGACCUUGUCUGUGCUUCCCAGGGUGGGUCUCCAGAUCCUGAGAUCACAUGGUAUCGCUCUGAUAAUGAAGAGAAGUUGCGGAGUGUGUUAAAGCCUGGUGGAGGGCGAGAUUUCCCAACCUCAUCAGUCCUUACUAUAAUACCUGGCAAAGAUGAUGAUGGUGCCAAGUAUCGCUGUGUUGUUUGGAACAGGGCUCUUACGGAACAUGAGAAAAUGGAAGCCACAGUCACCCUUAGUGUCAAUUAUUACCCUCGCAUCACAAUUGGACCUGAGAAUCCUCUUCGUGUUGAACUGGAUCAACCAGCCACUUUAACUUGUAGUGUUGAUGCAAAGCCACCUGUGAGUAAUGUGCGAUGGACUAGAAGUGGACGGUUUCUUGAUACGCGUAAUGCUUAUGUCAUAGAUCGUAUUACUAUGGAAGAUGCAGGUCGCUAUGUCUGCCAAGCCGACAAUGGACUGGGCACAUUAAGAGAGGCGGAAGUUACACUUGAUGUAUUGUACGGACCAAAGGUUUCUGUUAUUUCUAUCAAGGAAGUUGAUGAGGAAGAUGAUGUCAUGAUUACCUGCAAUGUAACUGCAAACCCAGCACCAGUUACUGUUGAGUGGUACAAAGAGGGUGAUGAUAGCUUCUGCCAGACAGGUGACAUUUUACGCCUCAGUCAAAUAACUGCAGCAGAUCAGGGGAAUUAUAUAUGCCGUGCAGUUAACAUAUUAAAUCCAACAGACGGGGAAUCUAGUGACCGUAUUGGGAAUGAUACUGUUGCUAUUAAAGUCCAGCAUGCCCCUGGAAGAACGUACAUUACCCCUGCAGAGCCUAUUGCUGUCCAGGGUGAGCCUUUUGUACUUACUUGUGGGGCUGAUCCACCUGGGUGGCCAACUCCAUCAUAUCGUUGGUGGCGACGUGAUUCUGACGCUACUUUGAAAAUGGGUGGCAAUUAUACCAUUACAAGAGCAACUCUCAAUGAUGAAGGUACCUUUUUCUGUCAGCCAUCCAAUAGCCUUGGUAGAGGUAGUCCUGCAUCUGCUACUGUACGUGUAUAUCAACCUCCUCGCAUGUUAGAGAAACUUCAGGAGACUGCAAUUCUUCUUUUAAGCAAAUCAGAUUAUAGUUUGACGUGUCGUGCAGAGGGCAAGCCACAACCAUCUAUCCGAUGGCUCAAAGAUGGAAUAGAAUUGAGUCCAGGCGAUGGGCUUUAUGAUAUAAUAAUUCAACAGUCUUCCCUUGGUCAGAAUGAUGCAUACACUGUCCAGUCAACCCUUCACUUCAAAGGAACCCGACGAAUCAAUGACCAGCUCUUGGCAACUGAUCGUGGUACUUAUGAGUGUGUCUUCAAAAAUGAAGUUCGUGAAGUAUCAAGCGCACAGCUUCUUAGAAUAGAACAUUCUCCAGUUACUAUACACAAGCCAAAUAAAGUUGCAUAUGACUUAAAUGAAGAUGCAGAGCUUGAAUGUCGUAUGCAAGCUUAUCCAGAACCUACUUUCCAGUGGUUUCUGGGACCUAAUAUCAUUGAUCAAGAUGAAGUCCAUUAUAAUAAAAAUGAUACAGCCUUGCUUGAUGAUGUUUAUGCUUCUGUGUUGACAAUACGAGGGGUAACAGAAUCGGAUUAUGCAAGCUACACUUGUAAAGGCACAAACACCAUAGGAGAUCACAAAACAAUAAUAACUCUACAAAAGAAAAGCAUACCAGAAUCUCCUACAAAUUUGCGAGUUAUAAAUCGUGGUACAGAUUUUAUAGAAUUAGGAUGGGAUGAAAGCUUCAAUGGAGGAUUCCCUGAUACAAUAUUUUAUAUAGAGGCAAAAACCAGCUCAGGAAAAACCAUGAGUCACGAUUGUCAAACUGAUAACCCAUGUAUUUUUCAGCCUUUGCCACAGCAGACUUCAUUCAAAUUACAAGUCAAAGCAAGUAAUAUAAAGGGUGACAGUGACUUUUCAGAACCUCUGGAAGUCAUGACUUUAGUCAGUGUGGAUGCAAUUCCGGAGCCUCAAGAAGUCUUUUUUGAAAAGAGUACAAACACACUGGGUUUUAAGGUACUUCCCACUGAUCUCAUGUUGCAAGGGCAAGUGGAAAUAAGAAGAGAAGAAUCUGAGGAAUGGACUGUUAUGGAGCACUUCAUUCCAAUUAGUACAGAUAGUCACGGUCCUGGCAAGGUUGAACUUGGGAAUGAAUCUAUUGAAGAGGUUCGCAUAAGGUUCUGCUCCAUUUUUGCUGAAAAUACUUGUGGAAAUUUCCAAGAAGCUCUUAAAGUUGAUGAGCUGCCUGAUGUACCAUAUCAAGCAAUGGCAAUGGAGCACUUGGUGGCAAUCAUUGUAGGAUGUGUGACAUUUGUGGCAGUUGUAGCUCUGGUGUUUAUAUGCUGCUGCUGUCGCCGCCGCAACAACAAGUUGAAAAACAAGACUGCUGAUAUGGAAGUUUCUCAUCGGGGUGUUGUAACCCAGCAGGCACCACCACCACCUUACUACACUGUGGGCAUGGACAACAAAGGUUUAGACGGCUCUGUGGACACUGGUCUGGAUGAUCCUGCAAAAACUGCUAUCUACAGUUCACAACAGUACCAUAAUUACAACCAGAAUGGUCACAUAAACAAUGGUCAGAAUAAUAAUGGUAUGGGAUACAUGGAUAACAGCUACUCCAAUUCCAACAAUGGUGGAUCAGUAAAUUCACAGGAUUCUCUCUGGCAAGUAAAAGGGCAUGGGGAUCCUCAAAUGGCAGGACAGAUGUCUCCUCACAUGAGCCAAGACCCUCGAGCUCACCAGUACGAUCCAAUGGUUCACGGAGGUUAUGGCAUAACUGGUUAUGAUGACUAUUCUCAUUAUCCGCCUGUCAGCCAUCAAGGGCAGGGAGUGGAAGACUAUCCUGGUUCUCGUGGGAACUAUAUGGCUAAUGGGGAUCCUUAUGCUGCUGUUAAUAAACCCAGAAAGCGUGCAGAACAUAUGGAUGGCAGUUAUGAUGUGAGUGGAAUGCCAGAUCCCUAUAUGGACCAUUAUGACCAAGGAGCUCCUGAAAUGCACCCUGAUAAUAAACCUCAGAUUAGUUUUGAUGAAUCCUUGGAAUCUGGCUACUCUACUCCUAAUUCUCGUAACAGAAGAAUUAUCAGGGAGAUUAUAGUCUGAGCAGCAGUUGAUUAUGGAAUGAGAAAUGAAAGGUGAAUGCAUAAGGUCAUUGGUUAGGUAUGAAAAGCUGUAGCUGGAAGGUUGUGGAUGAAUAUGAUCGUGUGCCAUUUGCGAUCGAGGUCGUCAUCUCUCUGGAGCUGCUGGAACAAUUGUUUUUGGAAAGUUUUUCCUAAUCAACUGAUGCUGCAUGCUCAUUCUUUCAACUAAGUAUCCCAUACCCAAUCGCCAUGGCCUAAAAAUUAAUUUUACAUGCCAUCUUUGUAAAUAGAUGAAAAGUUGUCUUGUGCUAUUGUGUUAAUUAGAACAUAGAAUGCUGCCUCUUAAGGCGAGGUUUUCUCAACACGUGAGAGGAAGGAAAUCAGCACAAAAGAUGGUUGCAUUGCUUAAGUCCCAGGCCGGGGCAGUUGUAGUCUCCCACUCGCCAUAACCAGCCUUUGGUAUUGGUUGCUAAAAGACAGAGAUGCCCUGCCCCAUGCUCACUUCUAGUCUGAGUUGCCGUGGAUGUUGAAGCAGCAGUCAUUGCUUGUAAAAUGUGUAAAUGUACUAUUGAACAUGUAACUGUCUCAGUACAUGCUUGUUUAUAGUUCUUAUUUUGUAGGUUAAUGCUGUGACUGGGUAUUAAUGCCAAUCCCCUGCUAGCUCAUUCUCACACACACACAAUUUGCCUAGUUAACAUUGACAUUGUUUGAGCAAUAUCUCUUUCGGCAUUGUACAGAGCACAAAAUGAAGCAUGCGAUGUUAAGCUCAAGCCUGGUCACAAAGUGGUGCAUGUCUUUGCAAGUUUUUAUGCUGCUCAUGAACUUUUUUUAUUAAAGUGAGAAAGAUGGAAGAUUAUUUGUUGAUACUGUGAUACAAACUGUCUAUAGUGAAGUCUUUGACAGAAUUUAGGGAUUGAGGAAGAAAUUGAAAUGCGAGUAGUUUUACAUUGUAUAGAAUUAAACAGAUUAAGUGGUUAUGAUUGAUUCACAGAACAAAAUAGUACUAUAAAUUUCUAGACCAGCGUUCCCUUGAAUGUGGCCAAAGUUUUAGAGUAGCAUAUUUCUGUCGUAACAGGCUUUGUGAUCUCAGUGCAAAUGAGGCCAGGACCUCAUUUUUGUACUUCAAAUAAAUAUAUAGUUGUAUUUAUAUAUUGUAUCAAGUUUUCUUUUUGUGAAAUGUUUUAAAAGUGAUAACAAAUAGUGCAAUUAUUUUUCAAUAUUUCUGUAGUUGACUCAUAGUUUUUAACCCAACAUAGUUAUGACACUUUUCUUUAAUUGUAGAAAUAUUCAUAUGUGAUUUUUAUUUUAUUUUUUUAUUUUUAUUUUUUUUUUGUAAAUCAUGUUGAAACCAUCUUAGGAAUUUGCCUUUACCAAGAAUACAUUUAGAAGUGUCCUAAAUAGUGUUGAGUAUAUCUUAAACCCCAAUGCCAAUCCCAUCGAUUAGCUGAUCUUAUUUUUUCUGUGUUUCUCUCAUUUUUGAGAGCAACAGUUACUUAACUGCUUGCAUUAAUGAAACACAGGUAAUUUAUUUGUAAUUAUAGAAUGUUGUUUAUCUUUAGGCCGUGUACUAACACAAGUUGACAUGAAAAUUAUUUUGGACAAAGCAAAAGUUAACCAAACCAAUGCCAUAUUAAAUGAAUUUGAGAUUGUGCACAUCACUACAUUCCUAUACUUACCUGUGCAAUAUUCUCUGUGCAGUAGCUAAAACUUAUGUUGUUAAGGUUAUAUAGAACCCUAAAAAUAAUUUCAACAUAAGCUUAGAAUUAUGUUUUAGUAAAUCUGUCUCUAAGGUUUGCUUUUAUACCAUGAUAAUGUUAUAUAUAAAUUAUAUAUUUGAUGCUCAUUGACAUUUAUAUUUUUGUAAAUAAUGUAAAUGUAUAUGUACCUGUACAUGAAAAUUUAGGAUUAUUUUAUGGUUAUGUAGUGAAAAGGACUUUUGUAUUCUCAUGAUUCAAAUAAAAAAUAACUUAC